AAAAACAUCUAAACAACAACCCUUUUUUCACCACACAAUCGUUAUAUCAGCCGUCAAGAUGCGCUUCAACCUUCCCACCGUUCUCCUCGCCAACCUGGCCCUCAGCAGUGCUGCCGCCAUCCCCAAGCCCGUCGUUCAAGAACGCGGUCUCCUCGGAUCCCUCCUCCAGACUCUCGGCUGCCUGACUGGUCAGAACGCCAAGUCCGCCGAUGCUGGCCACGCUUCCUGGAUUGGCAACGACGGUGACUACGUUACCGAGUUCAGCAACGAGUCUGGUGAGGACCUCGUCCUUGUCAUGUGGGGCCCCGUCGGCUCCUGGGUCAACGUCCAGGCUCCCCUGAUCACCUACGAAAUCACCAACGGCAGCUCUGUCAACGUUUCCACUGCUACUGGUACCUCUGGCGGCUGGGCCGCCCUCUACGAGGACACCAAGAUGGUCAACGGACAAGUCAGCAACACUUGGGGUGAAUUCACCUACAACGGCCAAUACUCCACCGUCGAUGUCUCCCGUCUCGUCAACAUGAACGGCCGCAACAUGUCCAUCUCUGGCGCCGAGUGUGUCUCCGACAUGGAGCAGUGCGUCUUCACCUGCGACUCUGGCGACUCUUGCGAGUUCGGUUACACCCUCGAGAACUGCUCUUCCCAGAAGGGUGCCGAGUCUGGCAUGUAUGCCGGUGCUGCCAGCGGUGGCUGCCUCGUUGGCCAGGACAACACCUUCAUCAAGACCGUCUUCUCAUAGAUGCGAAAGAAACAAUUUCACGACCGACUGGAUCUUCGUCCGAAAAACAACAACCAACCAAAACGACCUCUCUUUCAAAGCUUCAUGUACAUAACCCUUUACAUUCUCUUCUUGGAUAUCACUCUU